AACCUAUACAUUGUGUAUGUGAGGAUCCUUGCCGGUUGUACUUUUUCGUUUUAGCCGGUCAAUCCCCACAGCUCGUCUAACAGGUAAAUCUACAAACAAUGUGCAUGAUAGGGUGGAUCACACAUUUGAAGCAAUUUUUUCGUCCAUCAGCGUCAGAUUACGAGUUGGUCAUCACAAAAUUGACGCCUCUCAGGCUAAAAAAGCACAUUGCUUCAUCCUAAUGCAUUAGGUAACAUAACGUUGAACAUUAACAUCUACGUGCAUGAGCUCAAGUCUUGCUACCUUGAUUCUGGCAACGAUUGUCGUAAAUUUAUAUCGGGCAACGCCCAUGUAUUCACAAAUCAGCACACCAUUCUUCCGAAACCUAUGUGUCAGGCCACUUUGUGUGUCAGUUAUUCAAAGUGUUACCUAUUUGCAAAAUUUAAACCCAAGACUAUGGAAUCGUUCAGCCGAUGUUACCUAAAAUGCCGAAGGUACCUGAAGGGGGUUAUUUAAAGUCACGUCCGCAAGUAUCUCAGCACCAGUGAAAUAUCUCGUUAUAACCGUCAAACAUGUCAUCGCAAAACGGUGAUCAAUUUCCAGCCAGUGAACAGCCAAUGAAGCCAAUCGGAUUGCAAUACACAUGCGCCAGCACUAUGAGCAUGUGGGAGAUGCUGAUUGAUAUUGCAACAAAACGGUGCGAGGAAUUGAUAGAAGAGUACAAGCAGGAGAAGCAGAGCUGCGAACAAGCGGAAGCGACCACUGACAAAGGUAAGCCAGCAUCCGGAGAUGAUUCGGAUGUCGAUCGAAGCUUGAUCGGAUGUGCCGACAUCGCGAUUGGAGGCAACGUAACACUGGGAGAUGCUGAUGACGAAUUCGAGGAGUCUGGACGACUGGUCAUAGAUGAAGAUUCAUUUGUGGAGAAACCAUCCACUUCAGGAUUGAGUGGACAUACGCCACAGCUCAAGAACAAGGAGCAGAAUCAUGGACAGCGUAAUACAGUGAUACAACCCAGCAGCAGCGAAAAGAAAGCGAACGUAGCCAGCCAGGCAGCUGUAGUUGUGGUGCCGGCAGAACCAUCGACCGAAGGCGAACCAUCGAGACCACGCAUAGAAGUGCCUCCUCCACCGGCUCCACGACCAGUGAUUGUGCAAGAAGCAACAUCCACCGUAAGGCGGCCCUCAUCGAGCCGGUCCUUGAGGGCUACACUCAGUCGAUACAUCCAAGGUCCGAUACCGGUGACGUACAACGGUAACAUGGCCCGCAGGUUCCCAGGGGCCGAAAACCGAACUCCACAGCAGCAAGCAGUGCGCGAAAGAAACACCAUCGCCGCUCGGGUAAGCCGUGCAAAGAUGCGUAUGUUGGACGCAAUCAUGAAGAAAGAGCAAGCAAACGAAGAAAGACACUACCAAUACAUGCAGGAACGGAUAGCAGCCCUUUGCAUGUACGCGAACCUUUUACGCGGAAAACUGAAGCAGAGACAGACAAACCACCUCGAGCAAUUCGAGCACAUCAAAAAGGACUACGUGCCACGGCCGGCACGGACACACCAAACGCGCAACCGCCCACAAUCGGACGCAUCAGGCCCAAGUACGAGUUCAGGUUCAGUGAGGAAAAUACGCAAAGAUCCAACUCCUCGGAGACUGGACCUGUCGGUGUCAGCGUCGGACACCAAACCCAAUUCGAUGGAUGACGAUAGCGAGACGGACAGCGUACCGGAUAUGGAGGAAACGGUGCUCGAUCUUUCUUCCAAAAGCAGCAAGCAUAGCGAUAGUUCCGCAACGGGGAUGCCGUUUCGGCAGAAUGGGUAAAGAUUAACAUUAAGCGUGUGUGAAAAAUGGUACUGAACAUUGUAUUUUUAUUAUUUAUAUUAUAGUUUCGAGGUCAAACUAAACACAUUUGAUAAUUCAAUAAGGAUGAGAUGAUCGAUAUAGUCGAGGAUGAACUGCAUUAUGACUUGGAUUUUUUUUAAUAAUAUGACAUAUUUAAUAAACAUAUAAGCAGCAUUAAACAGUUCUUUUAAUUUUGUCAA